CGUGUUGCUUGUGACCUGUCUAUUGCUCUUGUCUAGUCAAGGCCACAUUGUGAUACACAUAUUUAUCAAUGCCACCAAACCGUGCUACACCUGAAAUGCGCUAAAAUUUGAACUGCACUGCUGCAAUCGCCGAGGAACAGUAGUACCACACCAAGGUCCUGCAAAUGCUGAAUCGCUCGCUACAAAUGCCGCAAGAAACAGUAAAUGAAACAGCAGAGAAAGUUGACGAAGAGCAUGCAGUCGCGCCCCUCUCAGAAGUGAUAGCACAACGCCCUGUUGAUCCCCCUACCGACGCGCAACGACAACCGGAUGGUGCACCGCUCUAUCAGCCAGACCGUGAUCGUGACAAGCGACAAGGUGACGAAUCGCUUCCACUUGCAGAGCUCGUGUCUGAACCCCCAGCGACUCGAGAGCCUACUACGACACGCCGCGAGCAGCUACCUUCUCAAGCGAGACCGCCCUCCGAGCUCCUACCGUUAUCUUCCUUUGCGACAAAACUCUACACAAUCUCCUACCUCAUUUUCUUCGCUAUCUUUGGUACCCUCGCGCGUCUUGGGCUACAGGCGCUGACAUUUUAUCCUGGAGCUCCUAUCGUUACCGGCGUACUAUGGGCUAAUUUUGGCGGCUGCCUUUUGAUGGGAUUUUUUAUUGAAGAUCGAAACCUUUUUCGCGAGGAAUGGGGACAUCCACCACGUACUGGAACACAAUCUUCAGACCAGGGAGGAUGGCUUAAAAAACACAAAGACGUAAAAAAAUCAAUACCUUUAUAUAUUGGGCUAACGACGGGAUUCUGCGGCUCGUUUACGAGUUUCUCGAGCUUCAUGAGGGAUGCAUUUCUGGCGUUGUCAAAUGAUUUGCCUGACCCUUCUUCCGGGAGUAGGCUAGACAGGAACCGAGGAGACAGUUUUAUGGCGGUUGUCGCUGUUCUGACCUUAACUGUGUGUCUGAGUAUAUCUGCACUAUACCUCGGCGCGCACCUGGCUCUCGCUCUGGACCCAUUAAUCCCUAUCGUCCCAUUUCACUUCACCAGGAAUAUCCUCGAUCGCGUCGUUGUGCUGCUGGGUUGGGGAUGCUGGGUUGGGGCGGUUUUCAUGAGCAUAUGGCCACCGAAGAAUGCAUGGCGUGGUGAGGUGGUCUUUGCGAUUGUUUUCGCGCCGCUUGGUUGUUUGCUGCGCUUCUACCUAUCUCUGAUAUUAAACCCACGCAUCGCGUACUUCCCAUUGGGCACAUUUGCGGUGAAUAUUAUUGGCACGGGCAUCCUGGGCAUGUGCUAUGACUUGCAGCACGUUGCAGGAAUUGGGGCAGAGUCUCGUACGGGAUGGGCGGUUUCUCCCAGUGGAACGAAUAGAUCACUGUUUGGCGGUGAGGACCCCCUCUCGUCGAUAUUGGUCAGCUGUCAGGUGUUACAAGGUGUUAUGGAUGGCUUUUGCGGCUGUGCUACGACAGUGAGCACGUGGGUUGCCGAGUUGACAAGUCUGGGCAGAAGGAGAUUUGCGUAUCAGUAUGGAGGAGCCAGCAUGGCUGUUGGAUUUGGAUUGCUGGUUGUUCUCAUGGGGAGUGUGAGAUGGGGUCGAGGGUUUGAUACUCCGAUCUGUACAUGAUACUUCCCUUUGCUUUUACAUAAUACAGUAUAUAGAUAUAGCUGCAAGAUACCCUAAUGAACAUUUGAU